UCUCUGCCGUUCAGUCACCUCCAAAUUGCCCACUAGGCAACUCUCUCCAUGGCAACUAAUCCUCAAGAGCUUACUUCCAAUAAUUACCCUUUUUUUUUUCCAGGACUCUGAAUUCUACCCACAUAGCCAACGAGUGGGCUUUUAUCACCUUUUGGACAGGUAGAGUUUGGCUUCACAAACAUUCCUCACUUUGCUCGGUCGCUUUGACCCGGAGUGGGAGGAUGUUCAAAAGUGAUUUUCGUGACGAAAAAAAACCAGCACGAGCGGUGAUCAUGAACAAAACCUGAUGUUAAGGACUUUUAGGAGAGAUGUACUUGAUGUACCGUGCCCCAUAAAGCAUUCCCAGUGAUCUCAUUAAGUGAAUUGUUUUUCCCCUUGCCUUGAGUGCCAAACAAUUUUUUUUUCCGAAAUACUAAUUAUGCUUUCCUCCCUCACCCCCCGCCGCCCUCUCCCUGCCCCCGUGGCUCUCUGACUGGCUGCACUAAUCCUUUUGUUGUGGACUGAGGGCCCCGGCUUUUGGCUGCACUGUAAGGGUUAGUUCAAGCGGAGGGUGACCGCCAAGCGCCCCCCCCACCGCCCACCCGUCCCCUUCUUCCGGACUCCGCGUUUGGAUGGUCACCUCAUCUCGGGAAGAUUCGACAGCAACAUGUGCUCCCAGGGAUUUGCAGUUCUUCAUUUUCUGCUUCUGCUGAUGUGUCUGCCCGCAAGAGCGCACGCGGAGUCUAAUCUACAGGACGUCCUCAGAGUCUUGGAUCUACCGUUCGAUCAAGAUGAAGAGGCGCACCUACAGAAAAACCACGUCGGUAUCUUGGUCUCUGCGAUUCUUCUGGCCGUGAAUUGCCCGGAGAGGACGGGUACAUCUCUCACAGUCUGUGAAAAGUGCCUUCCACCGGACGUGGCGCUAUCCGUGGUGGAGGAUGACGGGAAGCCGUUCCUGACCGAGGACGACUUCCAGCGUCUCUCCGCUCUUCUGCUGUAUUACAUUUUAAACCUUCGAGAGCUGUGCCGCUCAUCUCCUUCGGCCACCCGGAGCUACGAGUUUUACCUGCGAGCUCUCACCGAUCUCCACGCAGCGGAGGAAAGCGGUGUCCUCUCGUCGAGUGAACUGGAGGGAAUUCUUCAGAUCAUCAACCAGCACAAAAACCUCUCCAGACAAGAAAGUUCGACUAUGUCCAACCUGCAGUGUAUUGACGCCACGCGUCUGCUCGAAGACGUGAAAGAAGGCGCCACGAUGGCGUCCGCAGCCAAAAUGUCUGCCGCCAUCAUCAGUCACCUCCUGCAGGGUCCCUGUUUCGCUCAGAGGAACCUCCCACCGCCGGCGUUUUUUACCAAUUACAUCUUUCACUCCCUCAAUCGCACCAGUGAACUCCAAGUUUUAGAUCUGGAGGCGCUGCUUCGCCAACUCGGCGUCGGUGGAGAAGGAAUAAAACCGCACGCUCACGGCAGAAAGAGGCGAAGCUCACGGAGCGAGUCGGGGCAUUCGCCAGAGAAUUGCAACCACGAAGCCGGAAACUGGGCGCAGGUGUGUUUUUCAGCCAAUCAGCUGGUGUAUAUUUUUGCUCUGAAUCCACAACUGCCCAUUUCGAAGGAGCACUUUGGACAAAUGUGCCCAGCCAUCAUCCAGCAGUUGCUCGGCAAUGCGUGCGAUUCGGUAGAGCGCAACGUUAAAGGAUCUCCCACCGCGUUUGAGAAGUAUGGCUACAGCACGGCGGCGGUGCUGCUCAUCACUCUGGGAUCCAUGUUAGGCAUCUGCCUGAUCUUCUUCAACUCCUGCCAGGAGACCUACACGCUCAUCUUGCAGCUUUUUGUAGGCCUGGCCGUGGGGACCCUCUCAGGCGAUGCCCUCCUUCACCUCAUCCCGCAGAUCCUCGGCCUCCAUGGACACGAUGAGGAACAGCUCACGGAGCGGACGGACUACCUGUGGAAGAUUGUCGGCGUGGUGGCCGGCAUCUACUGCUUCUUCCUCAUGGAGAGGAUCUUCUCCUUCCUGGUUCCUCCAAACGGACAUGUAAGUUCCCGACAAAAAUGCUUGGAGUUCUCAAAGCACCUUUUGCUUCUUCUCGCCCUUCAGAGCCACUCUCGGGGUAACUGCGAGGGUCCGUCCCAUAGGGGCAAGUCCAUCUCUACCAUACAGCUGCAGGGACCGGUGGAUGAAGACGCAGAAACAUCUCCAGAGCAGAGGCCUUCGGAAAAAAGCCGUGGCGUUCCCCUGCUGGCCGUGAUGGUCAUCGUCGGCGACAGUCUCCAUAACUUUGCUGACGGCCUAGUGGUGGGCGCCGCCUUCUCAUCGUCGCCCGAGACUGGCAUGGCGACGACAGUUGCCAUCUUGUGCCACGAGAUCCCCCACGAGAUGGGAGAUUUUGCGGUGCUCUUGAGCUCCGGACUCCCCGUGAAGACAGCCGUGGUCAUGAAUUUUGUCAGCGCCCUGACGGCCUUCGCGGGCCUCUACAUUGGACUCUUCGUCUCGGCUCAGGCACAGGUGCAGCAGUGGAUCUUUGCAGUGACCGCGGGGAUUUUCCUCUACUUGUCACUAGUGCAGAUGCUUCCCGAGAUGAGUCGCUUGCGGAGCGGACGACCGUUAACUGCCUUCCUUCUGCAGAAUGUUGGCCUCGUGUCAGGUUGGGCCUGUCUCCUGCUGCUUGCACUCUUUGAACAUGAUCUCAAAUUCUAGUAUUAUCAUAAUCACGACAAAUAAAUGUGGAUUUCUUAUGGAGGCGUCUACUUUGCUUACCACCGCGCACCUGAACUUGGUGAGUAGCACAUGUUUGCAAGUGAAAAGAACAUGUGGGAGGAGUCAGCCACUUUUUGCCUAUUUACGACAAACUGAUGAUAUUUGACAUAUUCCUCUCCAUCGGUGUAAUCUCUUGUCUUGAAAAGCCAGAUGUAUUCAUUGGGAUAAUGCACGAGGUUCCACCACCAGAUGGCGUUCCAGUGACACUGCAAGAUGGUCCUCAUAAAAAAAAAAAUAAAAAAAAAAUGCUGAGUUUUUUUUUUCCUAAGUACUUUGGCCAUUUCGAUAUAGCCUUACCUUAAGUACUGUAACAAUAGGUUACUGGGUUGAUGCAAUUGUAUCAUUAAUAUGUUUUUAUAAAACUGUGUAAUGUAAGAAUAUCUGAUAAUACGUCACGGGAUAUAUUCUCUAGAAAUAAAAUUAAUUAGUUUUAUAAAC